UAAUGAAUUAUAAUUCUUACAAUUCAAAAAACCCUUCUAGGUCAUCAUGUUAUCAAGACUUCAAGGCCUUGUUAGAGGUCCUGUUUUCAAGACAUGUUUUGCCACCCUGCGUACACAUGCUCGCACCACCAUCCAAACUCCAGUUGCCCGAAAGGGAGCUGUUGAGAAAGACUGGCACUUCUAUGGUAAAAUGUUUCUUGCUGGUUCAGCUGUUGUAGGGGGAGUUUCCGUUUGUGCCAUUGGCUUGAAGCAUGAUGCCCUUGAUGUAGAGGUCAGUGCCCUGGCGCGCUCCAUCAUAUGGCCAGAGUACAUCACCAGUAGGAUCAAGAGCACAUACUUUUACUUUGGACUGGGACUCGCUGCUACCGGAGGAACUAUGGCAUUGACAAAGAACUUUACCGGACUCCAAAACAUAUUAGCCAGACACCCCAUUAUGGCUAUGGUAGGCCUUAUUGGAGCUCAGAUAGCAAUCAAUGGAAUCCAGCAUAGCCUACCCUACACAAGUGAAAACAUGAUCCCUAAAUAUAUGCUGGCAGCAGGUUUAUACGGAAUGAUAGGCACAUUGCUAGGUCCCAUGAUGCACCUUGGAGGGCCGAUGGUGACGCGCGCUGCAAUGUACACAGGUGCACUUGUCUCAGGUCUGACGCUUGCCGCAAUGACUGCUCCUUCAGAAAAGUACCUCCAAAUGUCGGGGCCGCUAAUGAUGGGAUUCGCUGCUGUGUUUGCUGCCAGCGUUGCAACAGCUUUCCUUCCCCCAACUGGUACCCUUGGUGGAGGAGUUUACAUGAUAGCAGUCUACGGAGGAGUAGUCCUCUUCUCCGCUCUAAUGCUCUACCAGACACAGUCCAUCAUCCAACAAUGCGAACGAACACCCCACUACAUGAACUACGAUCCCAUAUCUGCUAGCAUUGGCAUCUACAUGAGCACUAUUAAUCUGUUUGUCAGAAUACUCAGUAUUUUGGCGAGUGGAAAGAAAAAGUGAAGUGUGAGAAUUGAGAAAAAGAACACUGUUCUGGAGAUUGUUUUUUUGAGUCAAGAUCAAUUAGAAGGCUUCUGGCAGUUGGGACCAAUCUUCCAUCAGUGAAGUCCACUCAAACCAUUUGCAUUCAUUUGCUUGAUUUUAUAGUCUAUGGAUUUUUGAUGAAUAUUUAAAUUCGAUGUGCAAAAAUAAAUGAUUUCACCACCUAGCAUUUCAGUUGUUUUAAACACUCCUCUUUAAAAUAUUCAUUUAUGAUUCAAAAUUAGAUAUUGUUGCGACAUUUUUGAAUUUUCGAGGCUAUCACCGCGACCGUGACCCUUUGAUUAGCGGGUCGGUCCUUGCCGUGACCUUCAGCUUCAGUCGACGCGACCUUAUUGCACUUCCAGAUUGUACUGUAAAUUAAUUAAUUAUUUCACUGUUUCCAUGUAAACUUAUGAACUUUCAUUAAGGUUUUCUUUAAUUGCUACUAAAAUGUUGAAAAAGUAUUUGAA